AUGAAGACGGGCUUGUCUGUUCACGAAGGUGAAGCGUCUGUCACCCCUAUACGUGAUAUCUGCUCCCAGUGUCCAGUAGGAGAAGUCAGGGAGUCGCCAGUGUCUACUGUCGUUCAAGCUGACAGUGACCAAGGAGAUGAAGAUUGCCCUCGUAUUUCACUCCUCAAUGGAAUAGACCAAAGUCGGCGACACCGGACCGCGUUCACACGGGAGCAGCUGAACCGUCUGGAGCAAGAAUACUGCAAAGAAAGUUACGUGUCUCGACCCAGACGAUGUGAACUGGCUGCAGCGCUAAACCUCCCAGAGACAACGAUAAAGGUCUGGUUCCAGAACAGAAGAAUGAAGGACAAGAGGCAACGUCACAGUCUACACUGGCCUAAUCCACUGGACCCAAACCUGUGUGCCUUCUUGGUGAGCCAGGCGGCAUCCGGACUGCCCUACCCGCUGCUACCCCACAUACCUCUUCAUCUGUACUCUCACCUGGGCAUGGGUUACUCAAACCCUUAUGUUGCCACAACAAGGCCAGUGGACACUCUGCACCUCCCUCCUUCAACCUACCCCUGGCUGGGUGGACUUCCACAGCCAACUUUGUACACCCCUGCCCAGACAAUGCACCAUCCUGUGGCAUGCCCAUGUCCCCACUGCCUCCACUGGAGACCGGAACAACUGCAUAAAGCCGGAGGGAGACAGCCCGGGGUUUCGACAGGCACGCAACUCAAAACCUUUGGCAAUGCUUCAGGACAAUAG